AUGGCAUCAGUUUACUCGAAACGGGAGAACAUAGCUCCCCUCCGAUCUCGUCUAGGGUGUAAAACCUGCCGAAUCCGCAAAGUCAAAUGCGGACAAGAAAAGCCAAACUGUAAGCGCUGUACCAGCACAGGCCGCAAAUGCGAGUAUGAUGCCAGCCCUGCGUCCAACACGUUUUCCUCCACUCCCUCAACGGGCUCCAUUCUGGACCGCCCUCUCUCGUCUGCGCCCAACACGGUGUGGCGAGAACGUCGCGCGUUUGCCUACUACUCGGAGCAUGCCGCCUCUCUCAUAGCAGGAGACCUGGAUUCCAGCUUCUGGCGCGAAAUAGUUCCCCAAAUAUGUCGCCGAGAACCGGCUGUCUGGGAUGCCGUCAACGCCAUGAGCGCCCUGUUCGAGAGCCCCGAUCCAUGCUUAGACCCGGUCUUCUUGCGUCGGAGCCCUGAGAUGUUCCGGUCACUUCAUCAGAGCCACCGUGAUGCAUUCACUUGGUACUCUCGGUCAUUAUCCAAGGUCCAGAGCCAGCUCAGUCAAGGGACUGUUGACACCUACACGGCCUUAGUAAGCUGUGUGUUGUUUAUUUGCAUUGAGACACUCCAAGGGCACGUCGAAUCGGCAUUGGGGCUUUAUCGACAGGGUGAAAGUCUCAUACUAGAUUUACUUCAUAGGGGAAAUUCGAAGGGGCCAUAUUUCGCAGAGAAGUUCUUUCUCGAAGACACUGUGAUUCCUCUGUUCCUACGAUUGGGAACGAUUGCUCUCACCAUCUCAGGUGUGCCCCCCAGUCGACUCAUCGGUACUGGUAACAUAAUGUCCACAAACCAGUUCACGUCUCUAAAUUCUGCUCGGUUUGCCAUGAUGCCCCUUGCCUCGGAGGGCUUACUUUUCCAACGUGCCGCGGAAGAGCAUUUAUUAGCAGUCGGUGGAGAACUGCACGUUACUGAGGAAUUCAUCGCUCAGCAGAAGAUUCUUAUUGCUCGACUUGAGGGCUGGCACUGUUCUUUUCAGCAGUUUCUCGAACUCUCACCAGAAUCAAAAAAUGGCGCGGCAAUCCUCCUGGUAUACUAUGCCGCUAUUAAAAUCGUCGUCUCGGCCGGUCUCGCAGAAGAUGAAGCAAUUUAUGAUGCGCAUACAUCCGACUUUCAGACUCUUGUUGAUCAGGCCGAUUUAGCUCUAGACGCAUCAGCCGGAUUGAAUGGGGCCCAGCCACCGUUCACAUUCGAAAUGGGGGUUGGGAUUCCGCUUUUCCUGGCAGCAAUGAAGUGUCGCCACCGUUCCAUCCGUACAAGAGCGUUACACCUGCUACGCAAAUCUCCUCCAGUGCAGGGAUUUUACAAGUGCGCUCCUGGUGCAGCCCUGGCUCAGGGGAUUUCGGAAAUAGAGGAUGGACUCAGUAUUUUGAUGCUCAAAGGCCCAGAGCCUCACACCGGUGCAAUGAGUCCAGCUUCCACAAGUGGUUCUUAUGAUCAACCUUCCAGCUGCCCGACAAAGACUCCAGAGCCGUCCCUGCCUCCAACGUUCAACACCCCUCCAUAUUCUCCCGAACGUGUCUCUUCAACCCGGUCAAUUAUUCCCGACAAAGCUCGAAUUAAAUUCAUUGGCAUAUUCAGACCGCAAGACACUCCAUGGCAUGUGGGGGAUCUAGACCUUUCAAAAUGGAAACGAGGCCCAGAUCAGCUCUUCAUGAAGUUUAUGAGGAAUCAAUACAACACGUCCAGUGGGCUAUGGGAGCGGGUUGACGAUGUGAUACCCCUUGACUACUGA